AGAGACUCUGAAAGACCGAAAAAUUAUCAACAACGAUACCAGUGCUCUAGCGAUCCACACAAACACCCAUAAAAAAUGGAAAGCAGCUCCUCAGAGAUGGGAUGGCACGAUCUGUCCUGUGACAGAUGGACAGAAUCUCAUGUGAGCUCCUGGUUGAGAUUCAUUGGAAUAAAAAAGAAGUACAUAAUAAAACUGGAGGAGGAGGAGGUGACAGGACCAGUUCUCACAACUCUACAGAGGAAAUAUCUCAGUACUACAAUUGGAAUGAAAAGUGGCCAGAUUGAACACCUGCUGACGAAAAGAGAUGAUCUUUUUAAGUCAGAACCGAACAAAAUGGAUACAGGAAGAGAUUUAAGUGCUAAAAGUAGAGAUGACAUAAAAGAAAAUGUGUUAUGUCUAGGACAGGAACCCAACCCUCCUUCACAAAAACCUUGUGACAUAGCAGAAAGGGAUAAUAUUCCCAUGGAGUGCAAUGACAACUCAACUUCUACAGAAGUAUCUUCAUCUUUCUGUGACUAUCAGAACUUUGACCAGCAUGAAAAAAACUAUAGAUAUGUCAAACACAAUGUGCUGCCUCCAGAGACAGGAAUUGAAAACAUGAUUGUUCCAUGUCAUGAAUAUAAGUCGCUGGAGAUUGCGCACAAGCUAGACUCAAAAAGGCUACAAACGAAAGUAGCAUGUGAGGUGUUAAGAUUUGCUUGUGCUUGCAUGAAUAUGCGAACCAAUGGGACAAUUCAUUUUGGGGUUAUGGAUAAAGUAAGAGGCAAACAUCAGCAUGGUGAAAUUAUAGGAGUACCUGUCAGGAGUCAAGAAGACUUUGUCAACGCGCUAGACUACAUUGAAAAAUGCUUCAAAGGAUCAAAGCAACAAUGCGAUGCUAGAAGUUGCAUAAGGAACCCCCGAUUCAUUGAGGUCUUUGACAAGGAAACUACUGAGAAAACAUGGGUCAUUGAAUAUGAUGUUGUCCCAAAAGCAAGCAUUGUAAAAAAUAAGCUGUACUUUGUUUGUGUCCCAAAAUUCUCUGAGAAGGACAAAAAAGUCAAAUGUGAGGAGAAAGUUCCUUAUAACAGAGUAGGAGCUAGUACACCACGCAUACCUGAUGAUGACCUUGUUCCAUUCAUUCAACGACUGAGAGAGAAAGACCAACAGAGAGAAGAGGCAGAAUCUUCAAGCAGUCAAAUGGCUGUUGACUGUAGAGAGGAUCAAAAGAGCAAAUUCUCUAUCCUCUUAACAUGUGGCACAACUCUCUGUUUUACAUAAUAGUGACCAACAAAUUUCAACCCGAGCAUCUCGACAGUACAAGCUUCUUGUUUCAUAUGAAUCUAUUCUGUGUGUUUGAUUUUGACACUGACCCAAAGACAUCUGGUCUUUGUAGUAGAUCUAAAGGGCAGGUUGCCUAAAC